AUGUUAGGUUCACUUAAAAUAUUUUUAAUAUUAGGUUUUGUUUAUUUAUGUAAAGCUGCUGAAGAAGAUGUACUCGAACUUACUGAUGCAGACUUCUCCAGUGCGAUAUCUCAGCAUGAAACCGCUCUCGUCAUGUUUUACGCUCCAUGGUGUGGUCAUUGUAAGCGAUUAAAGCCAGAAUACGCUGCUGCGGCCGGCAUAUUAAAAAGUGAUGAUCCUCCAAUUACAUUAGCUAAAGUAGAUUGUACGGAAGGUGGAAAGAGUACUUGUGAACAGUACUCUGUAUCUGGAUAUCCCACGCUUAAAAUUUUCCGAAAUGGCGCACUUUCACAAGAGUACAAUGGCCCCAGGGAGUCAAAUGGCAUAGUCAAACAUAUGCGUGCACAAGUAGGACCUAGCUCAAAGGACCUUACAAGUGUUGAGAGCUUUGAAAACUUUAUCGCUAAGGAUGAAGUAGUAGUUGUGGGCUUCUUUGAGAAAGAGACUGAUCUUAAAGGCAAAUUCUUGAAGACUGCUGAUGUGAUGAGGGAACAAGUUGUUUUCGGACACUCAUCUGCUAAGGAUGUUCUAAAAAAGACUGGAUACAAAGAUGAUGUUGUGUUGUACCGUCCCAAACGUCUUCACAACAAGUUUGAUGACUCUUUCGUAGUCUACACGGGUGAACCAGCUGAACUUAAGGGCUUCAUUAAAGAGAACUAUCAUGGCCUUGUCGGUGUGCGUCAGAAGGAAAAUGUGCAUGACUUCAGCAACCCGUUGGUAGUAGUCUACUUUGAUGUUGAUUAUCAGAAGAAUCCUAAAGGCACCAACUACUGGAGGAACCGUGUUCUUAAGGUCGCCAAAGAGAUGUCGGACAUAUCGUUCGCAAUCAGCGACAAGGACGAUUUCAUGCACGAGCUGAACGACUACGGCAUCGACUUCGCCAAAGGAGACAAGCCAGUCGUCGCCGGGAAGGACAUCGAUGGAAACAAAUUCGUUAUGAGCCAUGAGUUCAGCAUUGAAAACCUCCUCGCCUUCGCCAAGGACCUAUCAGAUGGCAAACUGGAGCCAUUCAUCAAGUCUCAACCAAUCCCAUCCGAUAACGAAGGGCCUGUCAAAGUAGCAGUGGGCAAGAACUUCAAGGAGUUGGUUACAGACAGCGGCAGAGACGCUCUGGUUGAGUUCUAUGCUCCAUGGUGUGGACAUUGCCAGAAACUUGUACCAGUUUGGGAUGAAUUGGGUGAAAAAAUGAAGGAUGAAGAAGUGGACAUCAUCAAAAUUGACGCCACCGCAAACGAUUGGCCUAAAUCCUUGUAUGAUGUGUCAGGUUUCCCCACAAUUUACUGGAAGCCUAAAGACAGUUCUAAGAAACCAUCCAGAUAUAAUGGUGGACGAAGCAUUGAAGACUUCCUCAAAUUCGUGUCUGAAAACGCUUCCAACCAGCUCAAAGGUUAUGACAGAAAGGGCAAUGUAAUAAGCAAAGAUGAGUUG